AUGUCUCACUGGAUGCUCAGGGACGUCUUGGCAUUACAGGGCGUGCUGAUGCCCGACCUGUGGGACUUGCGCUUCCCGUCAGCCCGUGAGCGUGUCCCACCCUUCAGGGGGGGCGAGGAGCUCGUGGCGGGUGUGACCGCUGGUGAGGGAAGGUCACUUCCUGGUACAACAGCGGCUGAAUGUGCAUUAAAUUUGAAGAAGAUAUAUAUAUACACAGUACAAACAGUGCAGGAUUUCUGGAGUGUCUACAACAACAUUCCUCCUGUGACAAACUUGCCUCUGAGAUGUAAUGAGGGGAGAAAUGCGCCUGCUUGGGAAGAAGAAAGCAAUGCCAAAGGAGGAAUAUGAAAGGUCCCUAAAGAAAGUAUGGCUGCAGCUUGGAAGGAGCUACUGCUAGCAACUAUUGGAGAGCAGUUUACAGAUUGCUGUGCAGCAGAUGAUGAAGUAAUAGGGGUUAGUGAAGAUGGUGACCUUGAAGAUGUUGUGCAAGUCUGGAACAUGAAUUCCUCUUCAGCAAGUGAAGCAAAAGUUUUAGAAAAGAUUCAUAAACUUCUUCCACACACAUCUUUUAAAGCCAUCUUUUAUAAAUCCCACAGAGAGCACCAUGCUUUUGAAGGCUGAUGUGGAAAGCAUUGAGUGCAUUGUAUACCAAGAUCAUGUGUUGUUAUUUGGUGUUUUGAGCUGGUCUGGACAAGGAGGAGGAUGGUGGAAGCCCUGCAGGAGUGCUACACAGGACUGGCCCUUUUGAGUUUCUGACAUUUCACACUGGCCCAUUGCUACUGAAAAUGAAAAAACCCUGAACAGUUGCUUUGACCAUAAAUACAUGACUCAUUGCUUCUGUUGACUUGGUGUUUUUAGUUCUUAGUUGUUUCUCUUAAAAAUAUUUUGGCCACUUGUUUGUUCACCCUGAUUAUAUUUGUUCCUAUUUCUUAAAGAUUGUUGGCCACUUCUUCUGUGCUGUACUUAAUGAAAAGCAAACAUGCAGAGAUGCUAUGCUGCUUUUCCAAGAUGUGCUGUACAUAGAGAAACCCUGGCUUGGGGAAAUGUGUUUUCAAUUUUCACUUUGAAACAUUCCUAUCAUGUUAAAGUUUACUCACUGGUUUGUCCCAAGAGAGAAAGAAAUUGCACUGCAUUUAUUCUAAUGUUCAGUCUAAUCUGGUCCUACACUGACAACAGCACAUACUGUAAAUGUAAAUAGAAAAAGGUACCUCAAAUGAGCAAUUAAAGAAACACAUUUGUAUUGGGACUAACCCUGUGUAGGAUGAUGUUAAUGUCUUUUGAUUGUAUUGAUUUCAGAAAGCCCUUGUCCAGGUUAGAAUGAGAAAUUUCUCUGUAGGAAACCCUGCAAACUCAACACCUCUUAUUUAAGGGUGAUAGGGUGUUUAUGGUUUUAUAUUGUAUGCUCUGUUAUGUAUCUUUCUGUCCAUCCAUGAAAAAGUGCCAUGAAUCAUUUCUAAUGAAUUGUACAAACUGGAUCCAUUCCUCCCACUUCCUUAAAUGUGUCAGGCCCAUGUCUGCACCUACUAGGACAGUGUCAGAAUUGCUGCUGACUUCAGUGCAAAGGAAGAGAUCCCAUUGUCUGUAGUUUCAAGCCCUCAAAACUUCCUAAGUGUCCUUUUUAAAAUAAACAAAAAAUAUAGAAAAGAAAUUUGUGUUGCAGAUUGAAUAGGAAUAUAAACAGUGUUAACCUUUAAAUGUUUGUCUCUAUUAACUAUUUGAGGUGUUUUAAUACACUACCAAAGAUUGAUGUGGUUCCUUUAACAAGAAGGUGCAAGGUAGAGAUGAACAUACCUUCUGCUGAGCACUCCUUCAUCCUUUAGAGGUUUUUGUCUGGUAGCUCUUUUAGUUGCACUGAUUUCCACAUCUUUAGUAUAUUAAGAGGCAGCCAUAAGAAUGAAAUAAAUUUAAAAAUAACUAUCACACAUUUGAGAUUUUUUUUUACAACUUUAUCUUGUACUUACGACUUUAACUUGUAUUUAUGGAUUAAAACUGUGUAGUUAAUGAGCAUUAUUAAUUAAACACAUUUUCUAAAAUCCAAACGUCUUGCUUCUGUAAUUGC